GACAACACGAUUAGUAUCGGAAUCGACUUUGGAACCACCUAUUCCGGGGUCGCGUUCACUUGGUCGAAAAAGGUUGACAACAUCGAGGUUCUCGCAAGCUGGGACUCGGAGCUGCCUUCGAAUUGCGACGAAGACAAGACCCCGACUGCUAUCUCAUUGAGCCGAAAGGGCAAGGUGAGCUGGGGCUACAACAUCCCCUUUGGCGAGGAGCACGCAAAGUGGUUCAAGCUCCUGCUCAUCGAUGACCAAGACCUGCCUGACGAGGUUCGAUGCUCGACCAAAAUCUACGAAGCUCGUGCCUACUUGAAGAAGUACAACAUUACGACGGUCGAAGCCAUUGCUCAGUACCUGCGCCACUUGUGGAACCAUGCUGUUCAGCGCAUCUCCGACACAGUCAGCCGCAACCUCGUCCAGUACAGCAGAUUCCAGAUCGUCAUGACUCUGCCCGCUAUUUGGCCCGAGUAUGCCCGUUGCCGAAUGAGAGACGCUGCUAAGCAGGCUGGCAUGCUCGCCACGCGCGCUGCCGGUGAAACUGAGCUGCUCUUCAUCUCCGAGCCGGAGGCUGCCGCCUUGGCUACGCUCGCGGAUAUGGAUGGCCGCAGUGAUAUCAAGGCUGGCGACACGUUCGUGGUCGCCGACUGCGGCGGCGGCACUGCCGACAUCAUCAGUUACGAAGUGGUUAGCAUCUCGCCCAUGGUGGUGAAAGAGUGUGUCCAGGGCCAGGGCAGUCUUUGCGGUGCCGUGUUUGUUGACGAAGGCUUCGCUGAGAUCCUGGAGCGCAAGUUCGGCUCGAAGAUGUGGUCCAAGAUGUCGGCGGAGACUCGGCACCGUCUCUUCCAUGAUGAAUGGGAGAAUGGCAUCAAAUCGGCAUUUGAUGGUCGCGAAAAGAUCUGGAAGCUCAUGGUGCCCUACGAGUGCCUCAACCCGAGAUCACUCAUGCUAGACGGUUUCCUCCCGAGGAUUACACUGACCACCAAGGAUGUGCGCGGCGCCUUCGAUCCUGUGCUCGACAAAAUACACCUAAUGGUCGAUGAACAAGUUGCCGCCGUCCAUGCGAUCAAGGGCAAAGGUCCCAAGUAUGUGAUUCUGGUUGGAGGGUUCGGCAGGAGUGCGUACUUGUUGGCCACCCUAAAGGAACAUCUUGGUCGUGGCAUUGAAGUUCUACAAUCCCGUGGUUCCAAGCCGUGGACGGCAAUCUGCCGCGGGGCUGUCAUUUAUGCUGCCACUUUGAAUGGCGUCUCUGCCUUCCCAGUUCAGGUCCAGGCGAGGGUUUCCCGCCUCAACUGCGGUAUAAAACAAAUGAGUUACUGGUCCAAAAGUAAACACAUCCAGGCGGAUAAGGUCUGGAAUGAGCCAAGACAGACUUGGAUGGCCGACAACCAAAUGCAGUGGUUUCUCAAAAUUGGCGAUGAGAUAUCGACAACCAAACCUGUGAGGUACGCGUUCGCGUUGGAUUACGAGCCAGGCGAAGCAGCGACCAUGGCACACACCAAGAUCCUCUGCACUGACACUGCCGGGCAAGUCUCGGAUAGAUGGGAUGCCAGUAUGCGGGUGCUUUGCACCAUCAAAUGGGAUAGCGAGAUCGCUGUGUCGUCGUUGCGCACAUUCACCAACUGUCUAGGAAAAGUCUAUCACUCGCUCGAUUUCGAGGUCGAGAUGACGUGUGCCGGCGGAUCACUUGACUUCGCCGUCUACCACGAUGGGAAGCGCCAGGGCUCUAAGAACGUUGUGGUGGACUACGAGAGCAGCAGGUCCUCACAUAUCUUCUGAGAUGCAGGGGGAUAGGGCCCUUCUGUUCUAGCCGAUGCUGUUGG